AUGAAUCUGCAAUCUUUGUUUCAGGAUUUUAAUCCGAGUAAAUUUGUAGUCCAUUGCUGUCUGUUCACGUUUACCAUAUUGUUUUGUCUCCGAUUGGACGGAUUAAUUGAUUGGCCCUAUUGGGUCGUAUUUGUGCCGCUAUGGGUGUGGAAAUCGAUAGCAACGCUUGGUGCUAUAGUGGGUGCCGUUGUUUGGUGUCGCCAUCCACACUACAGAGUCGAAGGUGAUUCUUACUCACACUUUAAAGCAAUGUUAAUAUCGCUGUCUUUGCAUUUGAUAUUGCUGAUGUUUGAGUUGCUUGCCUGCGAUCGGCUUACGUCCGGACGGCACCUCUGGGUACUGGUAUUCAUCCCACUGAUAUUCGGCAGUGCGGCCAGUGUUGGUGCUUGCGUGUGGGCCGUCAAACACGAUCGUUCGUUUGAACUGGAACUGUUUUGUGCCGUCAAUGCUCUACAGUUCGUGUUCCUGCCCCUCAAGCUGGAUGGACUCGUGUCGUGGAGCUGGGAAGUGGUUUUCGUUCCACUGUGGAUAGUGCUCUGCCUUAGCUUGGUGGCUGUACUGUACAGCAUAAUAUUUAGUGUCAUUUUGCUGCGCACGCCGGAGGUUUCGGCACAGCAGAAGAAAUCUGCUUUCUACUCCGCCAUCGGGAAUUGCGCCACCGUUAUUCCAGUGCUAGUAUUUCAGGUGCUACUGGCGGAUAAGCUGGAUGAAGACUUAAACUGGCCAUACAUAGCUGUGGCGGGUCCACUUUUGGUUGCCUUGUUCACGUUGAUUCUACUCAGCUUCAAUGCCAAAGGAGGAAACAAAUGGUGGUUCGGUAUACGGAAAAACUUUAGUCAGUUCCUGCUCGGUGUGCUUCCAUGUCUGCAAGAGUACGGUAACAUAUCAUAUCACACGGACAACGGUCAAACUGUGCCACUAGAUAGCGCCAACGUACAGAUGGACGAUUUUGAAAAGUACGACAAAAAGAGUAAAAAGGCCCUCACGAAAAAGAACGACCAUUUGAAGCCCGUAGUACCAAUCGUCAGUAUAGAGUUGCCAGAUUAA